AUGAAAAGCAAGCCCAAAGGCAAAUCGAAGGGUAAAGGAAAGAAAAAAUUCAAAAGAGAACAUACCAACAACAACAAAGACAAUACGUGGCUGAAACAUCUCAGAAUCUGUAUCACAGCUUCGAACAAAACAAUCAAUGAGAUUGACCCAGGCAGGUUUUCAGAAGAGAUCACAGCUCAACUCGAAACAGCCCUUCGAAUCGAAGACGAAACUCUUAACCGGCCACUAAUUUCCAAACCUAAGGAUACUAAGGCAGAAUCGACAGUGAAGUGGGGUGAAGUCAAUACCGACUACAAUGAGGGGACACUUAGAGUAAGCUCGCUCAAGAGACGGUUGAAGAUGACCUUCACUGGCAACCCCUUGAAACUGCCCGGUGACCCCGAUAGGCACAGCUGCCAGAUUCACUCCCAGGAUAAAGCGACUCGCUCGGAACGCUCUGGUUCCGGCACUGCUAGUUUGAUAGAUGGCAACACAACAGGGACGCAUGGGGGUAUUCACACCGAGACAAAGAAGUCACCGACUACUCCUCCUACCCCAAAGUAUCUGAAGUACAUCAGGGCGACUAAUGAUUAUAUCUUUCUGGAUCUGGACUUCCUGGAGACAGAUACGUCAAACAAGCUCGUUCAUGGCAGCCCUCUAUCGGCGAUGAAGGGUACGAAGCAGCAAUCAUCAGGAGUGAGCCCUUCAGGAAAGAAGUCUCCGGAGACAAGGGACCAAGCUACUAAGAAGGGUCUCCAAAAACAGAUCGAACAACUUCGUAGCCUCACUGGAACCGAGGUGAAAACCAUUUCCCUCAAUGAUUUCAAGUCACCACAUAGAGUGGAGGACAGCCGACAAUGGAAUACCGUGAACCUGAGGUGCAGUACUUGUGGUGGGAACUGCCCAAUCUGUAGCGUAGCAUGCUGCAGAUAUGCAGAAGCUAAGCAGAUCAUUGCCGAUACCGAAUAUAAGCCUGGGGAAUCCGACAAUGCAACACAAAUAUUGCAGAUAAUUGAGGGGCUGGCGAACCCGGAGGCUGUGGCAGACGUGAAUGCAAGCCAAAUCCUUGGGAACUCUGCGAUUGGCACGAUUGAAGAUGUGGGAUGGGGAGUGAACCGGUUUGGCUACGUAUGGCACACUGAAAAAGCCUCUUGUCUGGGUGAGUAUUGCAAAGAACUUAGAUGA